UGGAAGUCACUUUGGAUAGAAGCAUCUGUUAAAUGAAUAAAUGUAUUGGUUAAUGUGUGUCAUCUUGUUCUGUAGACGAGGGAAAGAGUCCUGUGAUGAUUUAUUUGUGUCACCAGCUGCUAGUAUGGUGGAAAUGCUCUUCAGCGUACUGCAGGAUGACUUUCAGUUCAGCCCGAGACAGGCAUCCCUCAUGUUCCAGAAGAUCAGUCAGGGAAUCGAGCUGGAGCUUCAGAUUGCAAAGGUGGUGCUUGUUCUGUGUUACUGCGGUUUUAAAAAGUACAACAUUGUACCUUUGGACACCAAGACAGGGUUGAUGAUCGCAUCCAUGUUUCAUUUUGUUGAAGAUGAUGCUGAUGGUCUGUGUUUAGAUGAUGACCUAAAUAAAUUCCUCACCAAAGCCUCUGUCAUGACCUUCUCCACCUCCAGCAGUGGGAGCAGCUGCGGUUCGCCUUCAUACACCGAUGAUGACGAGUCUCCGUUCACCAGCCGCUUCCAAAAACCCAGAGUUCAGUUUCUAGAGCUGGUCACGGUGGCCGGCAGCUCGGGCAGCUCUUCAGUGCCGGAUAAAGUGAGCACGCCACAAUUGUUGAAGAGACUCCGGAAAGAAUUGGCGCAUGGGGCAGAUGUGAGAGACGAGCUGGAGAAAGAACUGGCCGAUCAGAUCAACAUCAUCUCAGUGAAAGAGGGUCUGAUAGUCCAGCUGCAGCACAGGGUGGACCGAAUGCUGAGAGAACAACGAGAGCUGGAGAAAGACCAUGAAGCUGCUCUUCUGGAGCUGCAGGAGAAGAAUGAGAGUCUUCUCUGCAGAGUGCAUGAGGUCUUGAAGCAGUGCCAAGAGUUAAAAAAUGAAAAUUAUCAGAAAGAGAAGAAAAUGCAUGAACUAAUGGAGAAGAACCGAAGUUUCGCUGAUCAGGUGCGAAACACCUUCGCUCAGCUGGCGAGAGCCGAGGAGGAAGUUACAAAACUCACGUUGGCUCAUGAAUCGUCACUGGCUGAGUGGAGGAGCAGAAAGGAGUUUCUCGAGCACGAGUUGAAAGAGGCCGUCACACACAGGGAGUGUCUGAGUGAGCAAGUGCAGAUCCUUCAGGGAAAGAUCUCCGUUCUGGAGGAUGCUCAGUCUCAGGAGAGAGGAGAGGUUUUGGGACCCAUCAUGGAGGCGAGUAUGGUGGACUAG